AUGCAUAGGUUGUUGCGUGUGAAGUCACCUUUAGCAGUAGCGCAUUCGUCUUUGAUCUAUAGGAAAAGCUUAGCAGUCGCAUCGUCAAGCAAAGUUUUAGUACAGCAGGGAGGAGGAUAUUGGCAGCCGUUAAGACAUUUCACGAUGAGUGAGCUUGAGAAUUUGCCUCCGGUUGAUCCGGCAACUGGUGAGGUUAUCAUCAAUCCGUUGAAGGAAGACGGUACAGAGAAAAGUGCCAAGGAGAUCGAGAAGGAGAAGAAGAAGGCUGAGAAGCUACUGAAGUUUGCGGCGAAGCAGGCCAAGAAGAAAGCUGCCGCUGGUAGCAGCGAUUCUGGGGCUUCAGAGAAGAAGGAGAAGAAGAAGAGCAAGAAGAAGGAAGCGGAGCCGGUGCCAGAAUUUGUCGACAAGACUGUUCGCGGUGAGAAGAAGAUAUUGGUGUCGCUGGAUGAUCCAGCUUUGAAGGCUUACAACCCAGCUAAUGUCGAGAGCUCGUGGUACGAUUGGUGGGUGAAAUCUGGGUUCUUCGAGCCGGAGUUCACCGAGGAUGGCAAGAUUAAGCCCGAAGGGCUGUUCUGCAUCCCUGCGCCUCCACCGAAUGUUACAGGUGCAUUGCACAUUGGACACGCUUUAACGAUCUCUAUCCAGGAUUCGCUGAUCAGAUACAACAGAAUGAAGGGGAAGACGGUGCUGUUCUUGCCGGGGUUUGACCACGCUGGUAUUGCUACGCAGUCUGUGGUGGAGAAACAGCUGUGGGCCAAGGAGAAGAAGACCAGACACGACUACGGCAGAGAAGCGUUUGUCGACAAGGUCUGGGAAUGGAAGAGCGAGUAUCACGACAGAAUCAAGAGCCAGAUCAGAAAGUUGGGUGCUUCUUACGACUGGACCCGUGAGGCGUUCACCCUCGACCCGCAGCUGACGAAGGCUGUUGUCGAGGCGUUUGUCAGACUGCAUGACGACGGUACUAUCUAUCGUGCUGCCAGAUUGGUCAAUUGGUCUGUCAAGCCGAAUACGGCCAUUUCUAACCUGGAAGUGGAAAACAAGGAUGUGAAAGGUAGAACUUUGCUCAGCGUUCCAGGCUACGACGAAAAGGUGGAGUUUGGUGUGUUGACCUCUUUCGCCUACCCAGUUGCUGACUCUGAGACUGGCGAAAAGUUGAUCAUCGCUACUACCAGACCUGAAACGCUGUUUGGUGAUACUGGUAUUGCUGUGCAUCCGGAUGAUGCUCGUUACAAGCACUUGCACGGUAAGUUUGCUCAACAUCCAUUCCUGCCAAGAAAAAUUCCUAUCAUUUGCGACUCGGAAGCAGUGGACAUGGAAUUCGGUACUGGUGCAGUUAAGAUUACCCCGGCUCAUGACCAGAACGAUUAUAACACCGGUAAGCGUCACAACCUAGAGUUUAUCAACAUCUUAACCGACGAUGGUCUCUUGAAUGAGAACUGUGGUCCAGAAUGGGAGGGCAUGAAGAGAUUUGAUGCCAGAAAGAAAGUGAUUGAAGAGCUCAAAGCCAGAGGUUUAUUUGUUGGACAAGAGGACAACGAAAUGACCAUUCCAACCUGUUCCAGAUCGGGCGAUGUUAUCGAGCCUUUGUUGAAGCCUCAAUGGUGGGUGUCUCAGAGCGAUAUGGCCAAGGAAGCAAUCAAGGCAGUUAGAAACGGUGAUAUAACAAUCACUCCUAAAUCUUCAGAGGCUGAAUAUUUCCACUGGUUAGAGAAUAUCCAAGACUGGUGUAUCUCGAGACAGUUGUGGUGGGGUCAUCGUUGCCCAGUGUACUUCGUUAACAUCGAAGGACAGGAAAACGAUAAGAAUGAUGAAACAUACUGGGUUGCCGGUAGGGAUUUGGAAGAAGCUGAAAAGAAGGCGGUUGCUAAGUUUCCGAACCAGAAGUUUACGUUGGAGCAGGAUGAAGAUGUCUUAGAUACUUGGUUCUCAUCAGGUUUGUGGCCUUUCUCUACUUUGGGUUGGCCAGAUAAGACUAAAGACAUGGAGGCGUUCUACCCCUUCUCAAUGUUGGAGACUGGCUGGGACAUCCUAUUCUUCUGGGUGAGCAGAAUGAUUCUUCUUGGUUUGAAGUUGACCGGCUCUAUUCCAUUUAGAGAGGUUUUCUGCCACUCUUUAGUCCGCGAUGCUCAAGGUCGUAAGAUGUCAAAAUCUCUAGGUAACGUCGUGGACCCACUAGAUGUUAUCAGAGGUAUUAAAUUGGAUGACUUGCAUGCCAAGUUAUUGUUAGGUAAUUUGGACCCUAGAGAAGUUGAAAAAGCUAAGGCAGGCCAGAAGGAAUCUUAUCCAAACGGUAUCCCACAAUGUGGUACUGAUGCCAUGAGAUUCGCCUUAUGUGCCUACACCACUGGUGGUCGUGAUAUUAAUCUGGAUAUUUUGCGUGUCGAAGGUUACAGAAAGUUCUGCAACAAGAUUUACCAGGCCACCAAAUUUGCUAUGAUGAGACUCGGCGAUGAUUAUCAACCUCCAGCUAAAGAGGGGCUCUCCGGAAAUGAAUCCUUGGUCGAGAAAUGGAUCUUGCAUCAAUUGACCAACUGCUCCAGGACUGUCAACGAUGCUUUGGAGAAGCGUGAUUUCUUGAACUCCACCAGUGCCAUUUACGAGUUCUGGUACUUGGUCUGUGACGUCUACAUUGAAAACUCCAAGUACUUGAUCCAAGAAGGUACCGAUGUGGAAAAGAAAUCUGCUAAGGACACUCUUUACUUGCUAUUGGAUAACGCUUUGAGGUUGAUUCAUCCAUUCAUGCCAUUCGUCUCAGAGGAAAUGUGGCAGCGUUUGCCAAGACGCUCUACCGAUAAUGCGCCAAGUAUCGUGAAGGCAUCUUAUCCAGUUUACGUCAAGGAAUUCGAUGAUGAAAAGUCAGCCGCCGCCUACGACUUGGUGCUUGAUGUCACAAAGGAAGCCCGUUCACUGUUGGCUGAGUACAACAUCUUGAAAAGUGGGCAAGUCUUUGUUGAGACCGACCAUGCUGAGUACUUUGAAACUGCCGAGUCUCAAAAGGACUCGAUUGUCGCUUUGAUCAAAGCAAUCGAUGCCAUUAAAGUUGUUCGCACUGCGACCGACAUCCCAGAGGGUUGCGUGUUGAAGGCCGUUAACCCAGACGUGAAUGUUCAUGUACUUGUGAAAGGUCAUGUUGACAUAGACGCUGAGAUCAGCAAAGUGGAAAAGAAGCUUGAAAGGGCUCGCAAGACCAGGAACGGCAUUGAAAGCACUAUCGGCAGCAAGGAUUACGAGACCAAGGCUAACGAUCAGGCCAAGGAAGCGAACAAGGCCAGACUAGAGAACGCUGUUGCCGAGAUCGAAGGGUUGGAAGCCACCAUCGAAAACCUGAAGCGUCUCAAAUUAUGA